AUGAAAUUAUAUAUUAUUCUAAUUAUUAUAUUAAUAUUUUUAACUAUAAUAUUUGAAUUAGAAUCUAAAAAAUUAAGAAAAAAAGGAAAAAAUAAAAAAAAGAAAAUUACCACUACAACAACAACAAUAGAUCCAGAAGAUGAUGAGAGAGAAGAAAAUAACGAAUCAGUAGAAAAAGAAGAUAAAUCUGAAGAAAAUAUUGAGGAAGAAGAUGAAGAAGAUUAUGAAGAAUAUCAAGAACCUAUUUGUAUGUAUCCAUGGCAAACACAUCAAAAUAACAUUUUAACUUCUUUUUCUAAAUGUUUUGAAUUUGAAGAACAGGGUGUUCCUUGUACUCCUCAUGAUCCUAUUGAAUGUACAGGUAGAAAUCCAGUAUGUAUUCUAUCAAAACGUAGCAUGACAUAUAGAUGUUGUAGUGAUAUAUCACAAGAUUUAACAACACCACCAACUGAUAAAAAAGAAGUUAAACCUAUAUGUCCUUAUGGUGGAAGUUCUUAUGAUAUGCCAAAUGUCUUAUUAUGUGAUCCAGAUAAAAAAGAUAUUUGUCCAUCAGGUUAUUCAUGUGAAGAAGCUGUUAAUGCAAAAUUAUCAGCUCCAGAACAUAGUCAUUUAUGUUGUAAGCAAACAACUUUAGAUGACUUUGCUAAUGUUUUUUAUGAAGCACGAAUUCAUAUAAACAAAUAUUCUGGAAAUUUAUCUAUGCCUGUUUCUUAUGUAACAGCUUUGUCACCAUCUAUUAUACCUAACGCUCCUAAUGCUGGAAUAGAUUAUGUUGUGUUAAAUGAAUAUAUUCCAUCACAACAACCUUUACCUGAAAUACGUACCGGUGAUCAUUAUUCAAUGAUUCCAUAUAAAUUAAGAGAACCUGUUUUUUUAAAACAAGUAGUUCUUCUUAGAGAUCAAUUUCCAGGAUAUUUUCAUCAUAUAUUAGUUUUAUUUAAUCCACAUGGAAAUCCAGAAGCAAUGAAUUUCUACUACAAUCGUCAAUCUUCUUUAUCUCGUAUAGUUGAUUUGACAGUUCCUUCCUGGGAUGAAGGAGCUUUCUUUCGUUCAAUUAAUCGUGUUGUAACUAUAACAAAUGACAAACCAUUUUCUAAACAAAUUCGUAAACUUUAUAUUGUUUUAGCAUUUAAGACAAAAAAACCUAUUACACGCCGACAUCCAACAACUCAUCGUGACUUAAAUAGUAAUUAUACAUCAUUUACAGAAUUCUUAACAACUGAUACUGGAAAAUAUCUUGGAGAUCCUGUAGCUGGAACAUACUUUUGGAUUACAAAGUAA